AUGGGAGAAGCGGCGUGUUUAGUUGGUGUGCACUCGGUGGAGACGGCCGCGCCGGCACAGGGUGGCCAGGGAUGGCCUGGCAGGUGCCAGAACGUCGCCGAGUACGACCUCAAGGACAUCUCGUACAAGGUGAGGAGCCCCACGUGCCAUGAGCUGACGGUCCUUGGCUCCUCAGACGAGCCCAUGGUGUUUAACUUCGAGGAGGAGCGGGAGGCGCAGAAGUGGUGGACGAUCGUGAGCAGCUCCCUGCGGGAGGUGCAGAAAGCCUCAGACAGCAUGCUGGCGUCCCAGGCCUCGUCCCUGCCCGCAGCUGCUGGGGGUGUCUCUGCAGAUCAGGAUCCGGAGGCAGCUCUGACCCUGGAGCUUUCCGAGACAGAGGACCUGGCGCUCCACCUCGCCCAGGCGAUCGAGUACGGAGACGAGGAGGUGGCCUCGCAGUGUGCCGUGGCCCUGGCUCGCCAGCAAGCCACACUCAGUAUCCUCUUGAAGGAGUCCAACUACCCCACGGACGAUAUCAGCAUGAAGGUCGGCGUGGAGGAUGCGACGUCUUCUGCAAGCAUCACCAUCAGGGUCCGCGCUCACACUACAAUAGCCACGCUCAAGCAGCAGAUCUUCCAGGAUUACGGGUUCCACCCCUUGGUUCAGCGCUGGAUCAUCGGGCAGUGCCUGUGCGUGGACGAACGGACCGUUUCCUCCUACGGCAUCCGCAGGGAUGGCGACACCGCGUUCCUCUACCUGCUCUCGGCAAAGAUGGCUGAGCUCACCGAGCAGCGCUACGAGGAGGACCAGGCCCAGCUCAUGCUCAGCUCCACCUCCUCGCUGAGCGACGCUGCCGGGGAAACGCGCAAAUACAACACCCUGCCCAACAUGUCUCCGAAGAAAGGCUGGGGGAAUGAGGCCGGCAGGAAGAUGGACAUCGGUGAGAUCAGCCAGCACUUGGACACGCUGCAGAUCGGCGACCUUUUCAGUGCCCAGCCAAAGCCUGCUGCCACGAGUCUGCCCUCGCCAGUCAUUUUUCCCAGCUUUUGCAUCUCGCGCAUGUCCCUGCAGGCGGGCUGGUCGUGUCCAAAAUGCACCUUCAUCAACAAGCCCACGCGGCCGGGCUGCGAGAUGUGCAGCACGGACCGUCCCGACGACUACGUGGUCCCCGGCAGCUACAAGCCGGAUGAGACGGAGCUGUGGAGGAUGCAGCAGGAGCAGGAGGGGAUCCUGCAGUACCAGCAGGCGCUGGAGGCCGAGCGGCUGAAGAACUUCCAGCAGCUGCUGCAGCUGGAGGAGGAGGUGCUGGUGCCCAACCGGGAGGUGCUGGAGUGUCGCAUCUGUUACCAGCAGGUCGCCCCGGGAGAGGGGGUGCUGCUGCGCGAGUGUCUGCACAACUUCUGCAGGGAGUGCCUGCGCCAGGUGAUCAACUACAGCGAGGAGCCGGAGGUGGCCUGUCCCUUCCGCGACGCCCCCUACGCCUGCGGCAGCCACCUCCAAGAGCGGGAGAUCCGGGCGCUGGUGUCGCCGGAGGAGUACCGGCGCUUCCUGGAGAGGAGCCUGGUGCUGGCAGAGCGGCGCAGCCAGAACAGCUUCCACUGCAAGACCACCGACUGCCGGGGCUGGUGCAUCUAUGAGGAUUCGGUCAACGAAUUUCGCUGCCCCAUCUGCCAGGCCCUCAACUGCCUGCUCUGCAAGGUGAGCCCCUGCACCGCUCCCGCCCUCGGCACCGCGCCCCGGUGCCGCAGAGGGGGCCGUAGUGGUGGCUCGGGGGCAGCGACCCUGGUGCAGAUCGGGGAGGCCAUGCACUGCCCCACCUGCCUCAUCAUCGUCCAGAAGAAGGACGGCUGCGACUGGAUCCGCUGCACCGUCUGCCAGACCGAGAUCUGCUGGGUGACCAAGGGGCCGCGCUGGGGGCCGGGGGGUCCCGGGGACACCAGCGGUGGAUGUCGCUGCAACGUCAACGGACAGAGGUGCCACCCCCGGUGCCAAAACUGCCACUGA